AUAGAGUUUGUUGGACCUGAGAGUAGAUGUAAAGGUAGAGAGGAGGGAAUCAGAUGAUGGUGGAGGAUAUAGAAUAGAAUAGAAUUACUUUAUUGAUCCCAAACUGGGAAAUGAAUGUGUCACCUGGCAGAAACCUGAAGGACAGAGACUCAUAACCAUCCCCGCCUGCUUUGCCUAACUUCAUCUGAUAGCAGGAGGAGAGGACUAACCACACUUCAGCUCUGAGUUGGGAAUCUACCCUCUUUGGCCAGAUGAACAAAGCAAGAGAACCCAGAGGGAAACUGUUCUUCCUGUUUGUUUCUACUAUGGUUUCUACCAUCCUUUUCAUUCUCUAUGUCAUUGGCACAUCCCCUGUGGAGUACAUUUCCCCCCCAAGGCUGCAGGAGCCUCCGAAUGUAUGCCCUGUGGGGACUGCCGAGCACACCAUCACCCCCCUGAACAACACUGACCACUUCCUGGUGUCAGCCUUCAUGGACCAGAGAGUGAAAGGAUUUGAUUUACGCAUUAUUAGCAUAUUUAAAACAAACUCCGCCAAACCUCUUUACUGUCUUUUCUGCUGUGCAGGCCAGUUAUCAAAUACAACUCCAACAAACAUUUUACAACAUAGAGAAAACUUUGGUUUUCUCUUUGUCACUACGGAUAUCAUGUGUCAGAUUCCUCAAAACUGCAACGCUACACAUGUUACUCUUCAGACUAAGCCAGAAAGAGUGAAGGCAUUGGACCAGCUUUGGCUUCCUAUAAGAAACCAGAAGACCAAAGGGAAUGAGGAGAAAAAGUUGCAGUUUAACUUCACAGUCUGUCUCUCUAAUUUGUUUGGAGGAAUCAACAACGUGCUUCAGUUUGCACAAUCGCUGGAGAUGUACAGGUUGCUAGGUGUUGACAGGGUGGUGAUCUACAACACCAGCUGUGGCCCAGAACUGGACCUCCUGUUGCAGAGCUACAGCAGGACAGGCUUCCUGGAGAUAGUUCCUUGGCCGAUCGACUUGUUUCUGAGUCCAUCUUGGGGCUGGCUCUACUCUGUGAGCGGGGGGGACAUGCAUUACUUUGGUCAACUGGCUACACUUAACGAGUGUGUUUACAGAUCCAUGGACCGGUCGCGUUACGUCCUGUUGAACGAUAUUGAUGAGAUUAUAAUGCCAUACCAACACAACAACCUGAUGUCUCUGAUGAACACACUCCAACAGCAGCAUCCAAAGACAGGUGUGUUCCUCAUUGAGAACCAUAUCUUCCCCAAGACUGUUUUCGAGCCAAGCAAGAGGUUUCAUCUACCUAAGUGGGACAAAGUGCCAGGGGUCAAUAUUCUGGAGCACAUCUACAGGGAGGACCCCGACAGAACAAAAUAUCACCCGCACAAGUUAAUAGUUCAGCCAAGGUUGGUGGAGCAGGUUUCUGUGCAUGCACCGCUCAAGGCUUUUGGAACCACAUACAAAGUUCCCCCAGACGUUUGUCGGAUCGUUCACGUCCGUGUUUCUCUGAGGGGAAAAUUGGAUGCCAAGGAGCUCAAUGAGGAUACACGCCUGUGGGACUUUAACGAAAAACUAAUUCCCAAUGUUGACAAAGCACUGGAGAGAGCAGGGCUGCUGAGAUCAGAACCUGCCCUUUAACAGGUUAUGUACUUCAAGGUCUAGAAACGUCAACUGAUCAUCUGUUCUAAUGUAACUCAGUUUAGUCUUGAAACCUUUCUGUGUUCUAAUCUCUUUCUAUUUU